ACUCGAUUUCUCCUACAGCGUCAAGCUCCUUGUUUGAACUUUCAUCGCUUUCGUCCCCCAGUCCUCUAUUUCCGUUCUGUAAAUUUUAGGGUUUUGGUGGGGCUCAUCUUUCUUUGUCUCUGAAGGUUUUGCCUCAACUCAAAUGGCCGAUGAAACAAACAGAACCGCGUUUCUUGAGAUUCAAGGUCGUAUGAUUGAGAUCACUGGAAAGUUGAAGCAGGUACAGAACCAGAUGCGUAACAAGGAAGGAGAAAAGAAACGCGCUUUCCUUACAUUGGAGGAACUGCGACAAUUAACUGAUGAUACAAAUACAUACAAAUCCAUUGGGAGAACAUUUGUGCUAGAGCCCAAAUCAGUUUUAGUUAAAGAGCAAGAGCAGAAACUCAAGGAUAGUGAGACUGCCAUUGCCUCAUUGCAGACUUCGAAGGAGUACUUGGAGAAGCAGAUGGCAGAGGUUGAGAGCAACCUGAGGGAGCUGUUACAGCAAGAUCCAGGACUCGCACGGCAGAUAAUGUCAAUGACUGUGAUGUGAACAUUGUCAUCAUAAAUCUUCUGUUCCUUUUUUCCUUGCUAUUUUGCAGUUAAAAGCAGUGAAUUUAGUGAUUAUUAUUGUAUCUUUAUCUGUAUAUUUGUGGUUUUUUUGGCGGAACCGGUUUUAUUUUCCAAAUGGCAACUGAUUAAAGGCUGAGACCAUCCCAUCUUUGACUCAAUUCUUACCAUAUCAAUCUUUAUACCAUUGCCAUGUAAUUUAGAACUAGCUUUAAACCGGAUAUCAAAUAGGUGGUUGAAUUUUAUUC